GCUCACCCUCUCCUUUCUUCUCCCCGAAUCUCUCAACACCACCUCGCAACACAUACAGUCAUCGCUCUUCAAGGAUGGGAUCAGUCUGGCUCGCAAUCAUCUACAUCGGAGGAUGGAUCCUCUCCAUGCGCGUCUUUGGAUACUUUUGGAAGAAUAGAAAGCUGGCCAUCAACGACGCAGAGCCCUGGUUCGGUGAACACGUUGCCCGCAACCAAUACAUCGCCCUCCUCCAACAGACGGAACCCGAGGCGACCGAACCCCAAUUGACAGCAGCCCUGCUCCGUCGGGCCAUGGAGGACGUAGUCCGCGUUUUGUCUAUGCGUGAGGAUAAGCAGGUCCUUGCCAAUCUCGUCAAACAGGGCACCGUCGGUGACGAUAUCUGGACCCAGUUCACUCUCUCGGAAAAGGAACUUGAGGCGGAGAUCAUGGCUGUUAUUGAGGAGGCGAAUACUUUUAAGGAGGGUUGGGGUCAGACUAUUCUCCAGACUGCCAGCGAAAUGGUCAUGCAUGAGAAGACAAAGCAGUUGCAGAAGGAACUCGCCGUCAGGAAGGAGGAGGAGGCUCGCAAGCAGGCCCUUCGUGAUCAGCGCAAGGAACAGAACAAGGCUGCAAAGUCGAAGAAGGAGGCCGCCGCUGCUACCAAGUCGUCAGCAGCACCAAAGGAGACCCCUGUUGAGGCGUCUGCGUAGGAACGCAUCAUCGACAACUCUUUGAUUCUCUUUUCUUCGAACUGUCGCUGCGGUGUAUAUUUCAUCCCUCUCUUGUCUCUGUCGUUGGCGUGGUGGCAUAUCAUGCAUACCAACACUCUCACCACCAUGCAACUUCGACCUCGACCUUUUUAUGUUUUCAACAUGCAUGCAUAGCACUGAACUUUUUCUUGUUUCCUCUCAGCUUGACAUAAAGAACU